AGAUUUUCUUGAACGGAACGCACCGGAGAUUUGUUUCCAUUGUUUGGCGGGGAACUUCGCAUCAAGUCUUUAGAUAGCUUACGUUCUUGUCUUGUCUUAGAUAAAAUGUUCGCAAUAUAUUUUAAUUACAAACAUGCAAUAAACAGAAGCUAAACUGCACGAGUUAAUCAGGCUUUCGUUCAUCACACGAUUAUCGACAGUGCAGUAAAAUUAGCAUGACGCUUAGGUUAGCUGUCCCGCUAGCUAACCACAACGUUGUUUAUAUAAGAUAGAUAGCUUUCUGUACUUUUUUGUCUUGUUAGAGGACCUGUCACGGUUCAGACGUUAGACAGUUUAUUUAGGAAAAGGUUUACUGAAAGUUUAAUGAAGUAAAGGUAUUCUAGCUAGCUAGCCACUAUAUGAGCUGUUAUUUGCUAGGAGGUAAUAACAAGAUUUCACAAGUUAGGCACGUCUUGGCGUAUGUUUCAGCCGCCACGUUUAGUUACUGUACGAUUCCGCCAGAAGACACAUCUUAGUAUUGUGAUAUUCACAUGACCGUACAAUGGCGGGACGAGGGCGUGGCAGAGGACGAGGUCAGUUGAGUUUCUGCAUGGAGGCAGUGGGAAUAGCCAAAGGAGACAACCUCCCGCCUUCAACCAUCCAGCCUACAGCACUGUUUCCUCCCUUAGAGCACAAGCCAGUACCCUUGCAGACAGGGGAGGAGGCAGAGUACAUGCUCGCCCUGAAGCAGGAAAUCAGAGGAACCAUGAAGACUCUGCCUUUCUACAUACGGCCUGUGGCGCCCAAGAAAGAUGUGGAACGUUACUCUGACAAAUAUCAGAAUGGUGAACCGUCAGACAACACUAUAGAAUGGAGCCCAGACUGGAGGCGUUUGCCAAAGGAGCUGCGUGUGCGGACGAAGAGGCCUCUGAUUGAGAAGACCCCAGCUGUUCCCAAACAAAGCAAACAGCCACGAGUGGACAAAGAGGAAAUCAUCCGCAAACUGGAGACGCUGGAGAAAAAAGAGGAGGAGGUGAGUUCUGAUGAAGAGGAGGGCGAGAAGAAAAAAACAGAGGAGGAGGAGGCAGAGGGUGAGGAGGAGUAUGAUGAGGAAGAGUUUGAAGAGGAAACAGACUACAUCAUGUCAUACUUUGACAAUGGCGAAGACUUUGGUGCAGACAGCGAUGAAAAUAUGGAUGAAGCUAUUUACUAAUGCUGAUGUGGAGAACUGAAUCCAGCAAUCAACCAUUUUACACUGUAAAAUGUAAUUAAUUCCACUCAUUGAGUUUUUUUCCAGUGGCCAAUGGAAACCUACAUUAUAGAUGUAAUUGGUCAGAUUUUCUUCAAGAAAUUUCCUAACUUUAUUGAAUCCAGCGUGUUUCUGACAAUUGAAUUAAAUCUUGUUUGAAAUGUUUUUUCAAAAAAAUGAAAAUUUUCAAGUAAAAUUACAAGUAAAUUUCACAUUUUGCUUAAAGUAAUUGUAAAAAGAAACAUCAGCUUUCCAUUUUAAGGAGGUGUUUGUAGAAUUUUAACAAUGAGCUGUGUAUAUUUUUUUAUUGAAGUGUUUGUUAUUCAUCAACAGUAGCAGUUAUAUUUAUUUUUAUGUUUUGUUUUAUUUGUUGAGUUAAUAAUGAAUAUAAACAUUUUUAUAAAUUUGAAUGUUUUAUACAUUAUAUUUUAGUCAGUUUAUACAUUAUAUUUUAGUCAUUUUAAUAUUACAAGAACUGAAUUCAGUAGUUGGAUAACAUUUGUUAACAUGUGAUGUUCCUCCUGACCCACCAGCACAAACCAACAACAGCUGAAUCGAAGACAAAGAUUAUUAAUGAUUAGUACUUGGGGACUUUGUUGUAUUUUGUGAUGCUAUGUGAUAGACACAUUUGUGUCAGUGACAAUAAGCACAAUAAAUUGAUGUUUUAAAUAAG